AUGCGUGGGCUCACUGAUCGUGAAUUUAUUGCUCACUGGGUUACGACAAAAGAAACCAUUGGGAGACAGCUGCGAGGACAUUCGACGCGUCCGUUUCAGUGGACAUCUGCGAAGGUGGGAGGCGGGGGCAGGGAUGCCGCGUGCCGACGUGUGAAGACGCGUUGGGGCUGUUGCCCAACAACACCGCGGGGGCGCCACGGCCCCCUACGGCGCCAGCUCCACCAAGGCCUUCUGCUGCCUCCGCCGCCGCCGACAUUCGCGCACCUUUCCACGGGCGGACAAUCGGUUGUUAGCGCUCUUCAGACGCCGCGCAUUUCCUUGGAAAGUGACUUAAGGAGCCCUUGACUGGGUGGAACUACCUACAAAUACAUUUCGGUUAGGGUGUGAACUAAAGCGUGUGUGUGUGUGUGGAUUCUUCAAUAAGUUCUCC